CGUGGUGAGGUAGGCGCCCAUGGGGAUUGCCGGGUGGACCGAGUUGGGCUGUGGCGGAUGGUCGCGGGCGCAUCGCAGACCACUCUCUCAUGGCGUCCUCGACCACGGCAUCCCAGGAGGAGCUCAAGCAGAACAGAGUCCCUCUCGCGUGGCGGGACCAGUGCUCUGCUCUGCUCAUUCCUCUCAACGUCUGCCGCAAGCAGAAGUACUACCUUCCAUGGGAAUGCGAGAAUGAGAGGCAUUCGUACGAGAAGUGCCAGUAUGAGGACUACCUUCGCCGGAUGAAGGUCCUGGCGAAACAGAAGGUUGCCCAACUCGAGGCUGAGGAGUGAUUGGGGCCUAGGUUUAAUGUG